GACGUCAGAAGCCUGCGACGGAAGUUGUGUCAUUGAAUUGCAGAGACCGAAAUGGCUGGAGUGAUCAAGAAGACAACAGGCUUGGUCGGCCUUGCAGUCUCUCACAAUCCACACGAGCGUCUCCGGAUUCUGUACACGAAGAUCUUGGGAUGUCUGCAAACUAUGCCUCAGGAUGCAGCCUACAGAAAAUACACUGAACAACUUGUCAACGAGAGGUUCAAUCAUGUCAAAACUGAGCCUGAUGUAGAAAAGCUGGAAAAGAGACUGAACUGUGGACAGAUUGAGGAGGUUAUCACACAGGCUGAGUUCGAGCUGUCCUUGUCUAGGAAGAUGACAGAAUGGAAACCAUGGGAACCACUUGUUGAGGAAGCUCCAGCAAACCAGUGGAAGUGGCCAAUUUAAAGUCCUCAUGGUGUUCAUUUAGAUGUAAAUUGUGUUUAUAUUAAUUAAUACAUAAAUAAAGUCUGUUUAAGUUGUA